AUGGAACUUCCAUCGUUGUUUCAUGUUCUAUUUGUGCUUCAAUUGUGUUUAUGUACUCUUGUGGUGUCAUGUAAUCUCACUAAUUUCAUAGCUCUGAAAGGAAGUUCACUUCCAUCUUCAUUUCCAAACAACUUCCUAUUUGGAACUGCCUCCUCUUCUUAUCAGUUUGAAGGAGCUUUCUUGAGUGAUGGGAAAGGACUCAGUAACUGGGAUGUUUUCUCUCACCAACCUGGUAAUAUCGUGGAUGGAACUAAUGGAGAUGUAGCUGUUGAUCAUUACCAUCGCUAUCCGAAAGACCCUGCGAGUUCAUCAAAGGUCCUUGUUGUUGCAUGUCCAUUGUCCGCCCAAAUGAAUGAAACCUUUCAGUAUCGGAACACGACGGAGGAUAUUGAUCUGAUGGAAUAUGUUGGGGUGGACAGUUAUCGUUUCUCUAUAUCCUGGGCAAGAAUUCUACCUAGGAUCCAACCAAUUGUCACAUUGACUCAUUAUGACAUCCCUCAAGAACUUGAAGAUAGAUAUGGAGCUUGGCUAAGUACCAAAGUGCAGGAGGAUUUCAAAUACUAUGCAGAUAUAUGUUUCAGAAACUUUGGGGACAGAGUUAAGUACUGGAUCACCUUCAAUGAGCCAAAUGUUGUAGCCAUUCGCGGUUACAGGUCAGGGAUUUACCCACCCUCUCAUUGCUCAGGAUCAUUUGGGAAUUGCAGCACUGGGGAUUCAGAGAGAGAGCCUUUCAUUGCUGCACAUAAUAUCAUCCUCUCCCAUGCAGCUGCUGUCAAAAUUUACAGAACUAGAUAUCAGGAUAAACAAAGAGGUAUAAUUGGAAUUGCUAUGAAUGCCAUAUGGUUUGAACCAAUCAGCAAUUCAUCAGAAGACGAGUUGGCAGCUGAGAGAGCUCAAUCUUUCUACAUGAAUUGGUUCUUAGAUCCUGUUAUAUUCGGGAAAUAUCCUGCAGAAAUGCAAGAUAUUCUAGGAAAUCUAUUGCCUGUCUUCUCGAAAAGUGAUCUGGAGAUGCUAAAGAGUGGAGUAGAUUUUAUCGGCAUCAACCAGUAUACUAGUUUCUAUGUGAAAGACUGCAUAUACUCUGUUUGCGAACAAGGACCAGGAGUUACUAAGACGGAGGGUUAUUAUCUCCGGACUGCAUCAAAGGAUGGUGUUCUAAUUGGAGAACCUACCGCAGUGGACUGGCUAUACAUUUACCCUCAAGGAAUGGAGAAGGAGGUGACAUACAUUAAGGCAAGGUUUCACAAUACACCAAUGUUCAUUACAGAAAAUGGUUUUGGUGAGUUCAAUGAUCCCAAUUCAACUGCCACAGUUUUCCUCAAUGAUGUCAAAAGAGUGGAGUACAUGAACAACUACUUGGAUGCUCUGGCAACAGCAAUAAGGAAUGGAGCAGAUGUGAGAGGAUAUUUCGCCUGGUCCUUGCUUGACAAUUUUGAGUGGGUAUCUGGAUAUACGACAAGGUUUGGGAUUCACCAUGUUGAUUAUGCGAACCUCAAGAGAACUCCAAAAUUAUCUGCAAAUUGGUAUAAGCAGUUCGUUUUGAACUAUAAGGCUCACAAAGUCAUAGUGCCUGAGAGGAAUCAAGAAGUCAAAUAAACAGAACUUUUUCAAGCACUCUGAUCUUUCUACGAAGUUGAAAUUCUGUGUGGUGUAAAAAGUGAUACCAAGCGAGGUACACCUG